UACUUUAGUAUUUUUUUGUUGUAAAAUCAAAGGAAAACAAACACAUUUUAAGCAACUAAACUAAAGGUAUUAAAUGCCAAGGGCAUCUGGUUCUUGGUUCUUUAAAUUGUGAGGAAUAACAAACAGAAGCAUAUCUUUACUUGGACACAAAUGAGAUACACCAUUCAAAACACAUAUUCUGAUUUUCCACUCAUUUUUCAGUUCUCCAUAUCUUAAUUUAUAGUCCUUGAUUUUCUGGUGUCGGAUAAUCUACUAUAUCCUUGCCUAUGACCUAUUAAAAAUGAACUUUUACCCCAACUUUUUAAAAAAUCUUAGUGAUUAGAACUUUUAUCUUGCUACAAGAAAAUUAUGUAUUUCAUUUGUGGCCAUAGUCCACUGAGCCUCCAAAAAUGGCCACCAAUGAAAUCAAAAUAAGUAAGUGCAUGUUACAAAUGUGAAAGCUGAGAGCCUAAUCUCAAUUGUCUAUAUUGUUCAUUUCACUGUAUCUAUGUGCCUAUAAAUCUGCAUCAUAAAUCUUUAUGCUUGGUCUACACUGCAUACAAUGGAAGCUACAUCUAAAUACAGAAGCUACAAAAAGGGUGUUUCAUCUCCCACAAACACUGCUAUGCAUUAUUGCUAUGCUUGCAGAAAAAUUUAUAAUUCUCACACUAGUGGAGAAACAAAAACAUCUUGCAGAGGUUGUUGUCCUUUUCCAUGUAAUGUUAGUAAUUCAACUUUGGAACAUGAGAAAUCAAGGGAAAACUGCUGCUUGGUUGGUCCAGUGAAGAAAAUUGGAACCAAAUUGUUCAAACUUGACAAUUCAAACAAAAAUGGAAACUUGAUUGGUUGCUCAUCAUCAUCUUCGUUUCCUUCAGUAAUAGGCUUUCCUUCAUCUUUGCCUACCAGAUAUAACAAGCGUGCGGUUCUCUGUGGAGUUUCUUAUACAAAAAGAAAAUUCAGGCUUAAGGGAACCAUUAAUGAUACCAGUAACAUGAGGGACCUUCUCAUUAAGAAUUUUCAGUUUCCAAAUGAGUGCAUAAGAGUCCUCACAGAAGAAGAGCAGAAUACAAAAUUAAUACCAACGAAACAGAACAUAUUGGAGUCGUUAAGGUGGCUAGUGAAGGACUGUGAGGCAGGGGACUCAUUGGUGUUUUACUUUUCAGGACAUGGUUUACAACAACCUGAUUUAAAAGAAGAUGAAAUUGAUGGUCUUGAUGAGACUCUUUGUCCAGUUGAUUUCAUUAAAGAAGGAAUGAUUGUUGACAAUGACAUCAAUUCAACCCUUGUUUGGCCACUCAAAAAAGGUGUCACACUUCAUGCUAUUGUUGAUGCUUGUCACAGUGGAACCAUUCUUGAUCUUUUACAUGUCUAUAACUAUCAAAGAGGCAUUUGGGAGGAUAACAAGCCCCCUUGUAGAGAACCUAUUAGAAAACAUACAAGUGGUGGAUUGGCUAUUUGUCUCAGUGCCUGUGACGAUAGCCAAGUGGCUGUAGAUAGCGCAGUUUUUGGUGGAAAGGGAAUGAAUGGUGUUCUGACUUACCUAUUCACAAAAACAAUUAGAGAAUACCCAGGUGGAAUUACUUAUAAGGGUCUUUUGGGAAAAAUGCAUGACGAAAUUAAAAAGAUUAACCGAAGCAGAUAUUGCAAUAACCGCAUCUUGCAACGUAUCUUUCACCGUAAAUAUAUUGCACAGGAUCCUCUUUUAUCAUCAUCUGAGAAAUUUGAUGUAUCUACAACAAUAUUCACAUUGUGAUGAGGAUACAUACAACUUAAUUGCAAUUUGCAAGACGUUGAAUUGCUUUAUAUAUCUCUUGAUUUGGAACUGGACACACAGAACUUGUUGUACUUCUUCUUUUCAUAAUUCUGAAUCAGUAUUUGAAUUCAAAUAUUUCAAUCAUAGCAUCAAUAAUUGGGAUUUUGAUUGUGACGUUCUUAAGGAAUAUAAAUUCCAAAAUGCGUUUCCUAAUUUCUUACUUUUGCUUACACGACAAGCAAAAAGUAAAUACAGAAAUUAGAUGCUAUUUUAUCCAAAAUAAUAUUAAUAUAUUGAAAAUUUUGAUGCA